GCACUCGCCUGGCUGCCCUUGGGCACGUGCACGAGUGUGCGUGGGUUGUCCGAUGAGUCCCGUGCAGAAGUGCGUGUCCGUGGCAUCCCCACCGCUCUUGGAGGCCGGGGAGAUGAGUCUGUCGUGCGAGCUUGAGUGUCCCAGCUGUGCAGGAAGGAGAAGGGGGUGAAGACGCACUGGCUCUGAGGCUGCACGCAGAGCUCCAGGCCCAAGGAAGGGAGGGAGCCGAUCCAGGAGCAGCUGACCGCCCUGGCCCGGGGUUCUGGCCAAGGCCCGCGGAGCAUGGACCGCUUCUUCCUCAUGCUCGAGGGGCGAGGCCUGCCUUCCCAAGAAUUUGCCCUUCCCAAAGGAUGGAAGAUGCAGGAGGAGCCGCAGCAGGAGGAAGGAGUGGCUUCGAGGCUCCUGACAGCCAUGGCCCAGCGUCCGGUGACGUUCCGGGACGUGGCCGUGCACUUCACCUGGGAGGAGUGGAGCCACCUGGACCCUGCUCAGCGGGCCCUGUACCGGGAAGUGAUGCUGGAGACCUUUGAGAACCUCGUCUCCCUGGGGCUCCCCGUUUCCAAGCCUCGGGUCAUCUGCCAGCUGGAGAGAGGAGAAGCCCCGUGCCUGCCCGAGCCGGGAGGGCCGCAUCCAGAUUCCCUCCAUUCAGGGACCAAGUAUGAAACAAACGACUGGAUUCCAAAGCAUGGCCUUUUUAUGGGAACACCAUUCAAGGAAAGACCAGCAACCAAGAAUGGGCCCUGGCAUCCCAAGAUAGUAGAAGCCUGGGACCUUGAUGUCAUGGGAGAGGGGCAGAAAGGCAACCGGGAGAUACGGUCCAGACCGAUAACAGUCACCUCCAGAAAACCUUUUAGCAAAGUGAGCACCCCUGAAUGCAAUACAGUUGAAAGGAGUUUUAGUCUAGAAUCGAUCUAUGUUCCACAACAGAGAGUUUCUCCGGAGAAAAGUCUUCAUAAAUAUGAUACUCUUGUGAAGAGCUUCAAGCAGUUUUCAGACUUAAUUGAUUGUAAUAGGCUCUCCUUAGGAAAGAAGCUUUGUAAGUAUAAUAAAUCUAGGAAUCCUUUUAGCUACCACUCAGACCUUAUUCAGUUUCAUAAAAUAUAUAAUGGUGAAAAGAUAUAUGAAUGUAAUGAAUGUGGGAAAACCUUUGGGAAAAAAGCAUACCUUACUCAACAUCAGAGAAUUCAUACUGGGGAAAAACCUCAUAAAUGUAAUGUAUGUGGGAAGGCUUUCAGUCAUAGGGAAAAUCUGACUCAUCAUAAGAGAAUUCAUACAGGAAAGAAACCCUAUCAGUGUAACGAAUGUGGAAAAGCCUUCAGUCAGUGGGGAACCCUCACUGCCCAUCAGAGAAUUCAUACUGGAGAGAAACCCUAUAUAUGUAAUGAAUGUGGAAAAGCCUUCUGCCAAAGAGGAACUCUUAAUGUACAUAAAAGAAUUCACACAGGAGAGAAACAUUUUGAAUGUAAAGAGUGUGGGAAAGCCUUUAGCAACAAUUCAUGCCUUAAUCUACAUCAGAGAAUUCAUACUGGAGAAAAACCCUAUAAAUGUAAUGAAUGUGGAAAAGACUUCAGACACAGGGCAUCUUUUAUUUAUCAUAAGAGAAUUCAUACUGGUGAGAAACCCUUUGAAUGUAAUGAAUGUGGGCGAGCCUUCAGCAAGAAGGGAAAUUUUAUUGAACAUCAGAGAAUUCAUACUGGAGAGAAACCCUUUAUAUGCAGUGAAUGUGGGAAAGGCUUCAUUAACAACACGCGCCUUAAUCUACAUCAGAGAUUUCACACUGGAGAGAGACCCCAUAAAUGUAACGAAUGUGGCAAAGCAUUCAGGCACAGGGGAAGUCUUAGUGCCCAUCGCAGAAUCCAUACGGGAGAGAGACCUCACAAAUGUACCGAAUGUUUGAAAGCAUUUGGCCAGAGGGGACAGCUUAUUAAGCACCAGAGAGUUCAUGCAAGAGCAAAAGCACACAGUUUUGAUGAAUUCGGAAGACCCUUCAGUCAGUGGGGAAGCCUUGCUGAACAAAAGAGAAUCCCUGUAAAGAAGCCCUUUGUAUGUAACGAAUGUGGGAAAGCCUUUAGCCAAAACUCAAACCUUAUUCUACAUCAGAGAAUUCAUACUGGAGAGAAACCUUUUGUGUGUGAUGAAUGUGGGAAAGCCUUCAACCAGAAGGGAAAUCUUAAUGAACAUAAGAGAAUUCAUACCGGAGAGAAGCCCUUUAUCUGCAAUGAAUGUGGGAGAGCCUUCAGCCGCAGAGGGCACCUUACGGAACAUAAGAUAAUUCACACUGGAGAGAAACCCUUUGAGUGUAAUGAGUGUGGAAGAGCCUUCAGACGCAAGAGGCAUCUUACUGAACAUGUGAAAAUCCAUACUCGAAAGUAACCCUUGGAAUAUGAUGAGUGUGGGAAGGUCCUAACCAGAGAAAACACCUUCAUGGAUAUCAAAGAAUUCAUUCCUGGUGAGAAUCUUUGUCAUGUACUAAUGUGGAAAAGACUUCAGGACCCUGAGGAGGCUUUGGAGAACUGAAGAAAAACAUGAGUAAUGGAAUAACUGAGAAAAUUUAGGGGACCUAGUUCAUCUCUCACAAGAUAUCAGAAACUUCACUCCCACCUCCAGCUAUCUGGGUGAACCUUAGCAGUCACUGAAUCAGACAUCCUCAUUUUCAAAAUCAGGAAACAGGCAACAGAGGUUAAAUGGGCAGACAGUUUCCUACAGUGGAAAGCCUCCUUGUGCUGGUGUUCUGAACCCCAAGGACCUACUUGCUCCCCCUGUGACUUUGGAUGAAGCCCACGGCCUCCUUUUUCUCUUUUGUAAAACAGUCAUUGGACUGGCUUCUGAGGUCCCUUCACGGUCUCAGCCCAUGAUACUGUGGUCUCAGCCUCGAGUCUCUGAUUGCAGAUCCAGGGUUCUUCCCAUCACGCCUCAUCUGAUACUAGAAGUUGUGCCAUUUUUAUGAGGGGAAUUUCACAACAACUUAGCAUUUGUUAAAUACUUGGGAGUCAAGGUUGCACUUGGUCACUAGCUCUAUCCCAGUUUGGUGCUUUGAGAGGCAGAAAUACCACCAGCCUCUCUCCUGUCUCCCUUUAUUCCAGAAUUCAUCUGUUGCCCUCUGGUGGCCUCAAGUCAGGACGGCCAGUGGGAUUGGUCCGAAGUACAGCACCUGGAAUAGAAAGUUAAAGAAAUAUAUAUAUAUUUUCAAUCAAAACCACCAAAUUUUAUUUAUUUAGUUAUCUGUACAGGAUUUUUUUCUGUUUUCCUUUGUAUGCUAAAGUUAUUAACUAUCCACAACCAAAAAAAAGAAUCAAAAUAAACAAGAGUAAAAGAUUAUUGUACAUGAAAUGUGUAUUACCUUAUCGACUGUUCAAUAAACCAAGGUGUCUACUUACGCAUGUCCACAA